AUGGACUCAGAAACCGAUAAUAUAAUAAUAGAUGAACAAUUCGUGGACACUGAGAAAAAUGACCUGGAUUCAUAUAGAAUUCAAACUAGAAGAACAGAAAGCUACUCAUCGUACGUGCCAAAUCGUAUCAUUGGCGGAGAAAAGGACACAGAUCCCCUAUUGACUAACAAAGAUAGGAAAUCUUCUUCUAAAACUUGUUUCAGGUCGCCGCAUUCUAAAAAUGUAUCUGGCAACAAGAGGUCGGUGCUGCAGUACUUCCCCGUGGUCUUUGUGACUUUCCUGUACAGUGUUAUGUAUGGCACGUUCUUCAUGUACCACUUGAAGCCUGAAAUAAACCAGGACCUCGCCCACUAUGGCGUUCUAAGUGACGGCGUGAUCAUUCAGAACUUCGUCACGCACCUCAUCCUUCUCCUGCUGAUCACAAGCUACGUGCUUUGCAUCAUCAAAAACCCCGGGGGGAUCCCCGACACGCUCGAAUGGAGCCUGUCGAACCGGGAUAUCAACACCACGUGUGUGCUUUACGAGACGAAGAAAUCGGGGGCCCGAAGGGUCUGCAAGUGGUGCUCAAUGUUCAAACCGGACCGAACUCACCACUGCCGAACCUGCGGUCGCUGCGUUCUGAAGAUGGACCAUCACUGCCCGUGGGCCAACAACUGCAUAGGGUGGAGGAACCACAAGUACUUCUACCUAACGAUCCUGUACUCAGAUGUGUUUUCAGUUUAUAUCGCAGUGCUUCUCUUUCCUACGAUGAGGCACGUUUUAAGCAACUCAACGAUGUCCUUUGACGAGGUCAUGCUGAUCCUUGCAACUGAGGUGAUAUCGAUUUUCCUCUCGGUCGUCCUCACCUGCUUCCUUCUGUUCCACACCUGGCUGAUUUGCGAGAACUUCACCACCAUUGAGUUCUGCGAGAAGUAUUCCGGCAAGAUGAUGCAGAUGGAAGUCUCGAUCUGGUCCGAUGGUCUCUACGGGAACUUGAAAUCUGUUCUCGGCAAGAAUCCGCUACUGUGGCUAAUACCUUACGAUGAUCGUGAGGGUGAUGGCAUUUCAUUCAGAAAGGGUGAAAAGGGCAGGGAGUCAAUUGACGAUUCUGACCAGACCGUGGCCACUGAGAACUCUGUGUUCAUGAAAAUUGCCAGAGACUCGAGGCAAUUCGACCCUGAAAUUGGGGAAGAGAGCCCCUAA